AAUCAAUGCUACCAUAACAUGUGGUGCUGGAGCCUGGAGUGGCGCCUGUCAACACACGCAGAAACAUCAACGGCAUAAAUCCUUCCAUUUCUCGACUCUCUGUCUCGCGGCCUUUCUAUUACCCUGGUUAAGGCAUGUUAUCUUCCAAUACAAAGGUGAUUACUUGCACACCCACCUCCUACAAGAUUGUGAAAACUGAACCUUUCUAUUAGCCUUAAUUUGCUUGUGGCUUUCUCUUUUCUGUCAUAUCAUGGCUUCUUCGGUGCUCAAUGGGGCUGAAAAUCUCAAGCUCAUGAGCAGCAUCCGUCCAACUGGGCUUGGCCUUGUGAGGUCAAAUUUCCAGGAAAGGUGCUUUCCCAGGAAGGAUUUAGUGUCUUUUGGUAGGAAUUACAAGGCCAGAGCUUCAACACCCAGAUGCAGUAUAUCAUCCUCAAGGCCUGCUUCUCAGCCAAGGUUCAUACAACACAAACAAGAGGCAUUUUGGUUCUAUAGGUUCUUAUCUGUAGUUUAUGAUCAUGUCAUAAACCCUGGCCACUGGACCGAGGACAUGCGUGACGAUGCGCUCGAGCCUGCUGAUCUCUAUGAUCGGAAUAUGACGGUGGUAGAUGUUGGGGGUGGAACUGGGUUUACAACUCUUGGUAUAAUUAAGCAUGUGGAUGCCAAAAAUGUUACAAUUCUUGACCAGUCACCCCACCAGCUCGCCAAGGCUAGGCAGAAGGAGCCCUUGAAGGAAUGCAAGAUAAUUGAAGGCGACGCCGAGGAUCUUCCUUUCCCAACUGAUUGUGUGGAUCGAUAUGUCUCCGCUGGAAGUAUUGAGUAUUGGCCGGAUCCACAGCGUGGUAUCAAGGAAGCAUACAGGGUACUGAAGAUAGGAGGGAAAGCCUGUGUUAUAGGUCCUGUGUACCCAACCUUUUGGUUGUCUCGUUUCUUUGCAGACGCGUGGAUGCUCUUCCCAAAGGAGGAAGAGUACAUUGAAUGGUUUGAAAAGGCUGGUUUCAAAGAUAUUAAACUAAAAAGGAUUGGUCCAAAAUGGUACCGUGGUGUCCGUCGGCAUGGCUUGAUCAUGGGUUGCUCUGUAACAGGCGUGAAGCCCUUCUCCGGAGACUCUCCCCUACAGCUUGGUCCAAAGGCAGAGGAUGUGCAGAAGCCUGUGAAUCCAUUUGUUUUCCUCCUCCGGUUCCUUCUUGGUGCAAUAGCUGCAACUUACUAUGUACUGGUUCCAAUUUACAUGUGGAUCAAAGAUCAAAUUGUUCCAAAAGGGAUGCCUAUCUAAGAUGGGAGGGAGCAAUGGGACAUUAUCAUCAUACUCCCAUUUCAUCUCCAACUGACUAUAAGACAGCUUGUGAUGGUGAGUGUGCUCUUCUCUGCUCAACAUAACCCUAGCUGUUAAAGAUAGCCGGACGAGACACCUUAUUCCUUCAGGAAGACAAACAUGCAUCAAAGCGGUGCUGCUUGGGACUUCCAACUCCAAAACCCCAAUAAGGUUGUUGCAAUGGAAUUUAGUGCAUAUAACCAACUAUUUAGGUCCGUUUGUUUCCAAGUAAAAUAUUUUCUACUGAGAACUUUUUUUUUUUUUUUUUGUGAAAAUGUGGCUAUUGU